AUGUCAUUUGAUAUGACUGAUGAGAAAUUUAGAGUGGUAGACCUCCAAGAUAGUUUAGCUCAACACUCUCAAACAGAGUUAUCCGUUUGUAAGCUAAGGGAGUCUCUUGCCAUGCUUCAAUAUAGUACAAACACAGGUAAACAUGUUUGUGUUGUUUGGAUGAUGGAGAAUGGUGUUCAAAGAUCAUUUACAAAACUAUUCAGCGUUAGUGCCCCACAUGGGUCAAUGACAAUAUUGGGAUUUAGGAAGACUGGCCAACCUAUAAUUGAAGUGAAAGAUGAUCUUUCUGAAUUGAGUGACCUUGCUGUAUAUGAACCCAAUUCGGAAGUGAAGAUGAAUGAUCUUGAAAUUUGUGGAAGAAGCAAUUUGUUCUCUGUGAAUUCUUACAUGGAAACAUUACUUUUGCUGGUUCGGUCUAAUUAA